AUGUUAUCAUCUAUUGAAGAAUUAAAUGGGUUAAGGUCUACUGUUGGAAUUAAACCUGUUCAUAAUCCUUUUGAAAGAAUAAAAAAUUCUCUAUUCUUGGUUAACACUUUUUUUGGACUUGAGGUACCACACCCUCUGCCGCCUCUUGUUCAGGAAAUUGGUCCUGUAAUGCAAGAUAAAUAUCCAUUAAUCAUUCCAAAACUUUCUUCUUUCAUAUCUUCCCAUUCUCGAAUCUUAUACAUUUCAUUCAAUCCAAAUACUUUUAUUCGUCCUGAAACAAAUUUAAUCCUUCUUCAUUCUAUAAUAGAAUCAAUUCAAAAUGAUUUAAUUGAUGGUGUAAUCUGGAAUUUACCAUCUUUAUCAUUUAAUGAAGAUUCAAUUUCUUCUACAAAAAUAACUUUUUCUAAUGGAAAAACUUUUUCA